CCACACCUAUUAAUCAUCUGUGCCAAAAUGGCUCCUAAGAAGGACGGUGUGAGUAAAAGGGCUUUGAACAAAGGUGCAUGGACAGCUGAGGAAGAUUCCAAAUUGGCCGAGUAUAUUAAGGUUCAUGGUGCAAAGAGAUGGAAAACAAUCGCCAUUAAAGCAGGAUUGAAUCGGUGCAGCAAGAGUUGCAGACUGAGAUGGUUGAACUACUUGAGACCAAACAUCAAGAGAGGCAACAUAUCAGAUGAUGAAGAGGACUUGAUUCUUAGGCUUCAUAAACUGCUAGGGAACAGGUGGUCUUUGAUUGCUGGGAGACUUCCAGGGCGAACAGACAAUGAAAUUAAGAACUACUGGAAUUCACAUUUGAGCAAGAAAGUAAACCAGAAUGUUAAGACAGAAAAAACUUCAUCAUCGGAACUAAUACUGCCCCACAAGGCAUCGGAAACCGUCCUGAUCGAAGAACAAGAAGAAGAAGAGGUCGUUAAAGGAAGUGAUGAGAACUUCGAUUUAAGCGUUGAUGUAAACGAGUUCUUCGACUUCUUUAGUGAAGGUUGCUUUGGUUUGGAGUGGGUGAAUGAGUUCCUUGAACUUGAUGAUCAAGAGAAAACCAUAACAGAUGUUAAAAUUUAAAAUUUCUGU